UUUAGCAGGAGAGACGAAACGUCAUCAACAUCCAUCUUGUUUGGUACACGUAUCUCAAAAACGAAAAUUACGUUUGGCGUAUUUUCAGCUUAGAUUAAAUAAAUUGUAUUGUAAGGAUCGCCGUUUUAAAUAGUACAGAGAAUGUUUUUAUGGGAUUGGUUUGCCAGUGCACUUAAUUUUCUAGGCCUGAGAAGAAAAUCGGGUAAAUUGAUAUUCUUAGGCCUAGAUAAUGCUGGCAAAACAACUUUAUUAAGUGUUUUAAAAGAAGGCCAUUUAACACAGCCUGUUCCAACUCUACAUCCGACAUCUGAAGAGUUAUCUAUGGGUGGAAUGAGAUUCACAACUUUUGAUCUUGGUGGACAUAGACAAGCACGUCGAGUAUGGAAGGAUUAUUUCCCAGCAGUGGAUGGUAUUGUAUUUUUAGUGGAUGCCUGCGACAGAGAAAGAUUUGUAGAAGCUAAAGCUGAAUUGGAUAGUUUAUUAACAGAUGAGCAGGUCGCUAAUGCUCCUAUUUUAGUUCUUGGUAAUAAAAUAGAUAAACCAGGUGCAGCCAGUGAAGAAGAAAUCAGACAUUGGUUCGGACUUCACGGUCAGACGACAGGCAAGGGUACCGUUUCACAAAAUGAUUUACCAGGCCGACCGAUGGAACUUUUUAUGUGCACAGUGUUAAAACGUCAAGGUUAUGGCGAGGGUUUCAGAUGGUUAGCUCAGUAUAUCAACUGAAUAGGACAGAUUUUAGGCAAUUUUUGUGACUGUGUGUGGAAUCUAGGAGACUGUGUAACAUUUUGGUAUCCUGCUGCUCGUCUCCUAGAUUUGAACUGCGAGAAAAACGUGAUUAUUAUACAGUGAUUCUAUCAAGAGACAUUCUUUCAUUACAAUCUGUAAAUACAACUAGAAUUUUGAUACAAUAAUUUUACGGAGAGAAUGAGAUAUAUAUAUAUAUAUACAAGACUCAAUAAAUGGUAGGUUAGCCAUAAUUCAACAAUUCCAUAAAAGAAGAAUUUAGCAAUAUAUAGGAGCAGGUGCUAUAAUACCAACAGAUGAUAUAUUACACCACCGUUAUUAUUAAAUUGUGGCUGACUUUACCAUCAAAAAUAAAUUCUGUGUCAACUAUCAA